GAUUUUAAGACGUGCACACACAAGAACUCACUUUGAGUUUAUCGGAAGGAUUCAGCUGGUUCUGUUUGAAUCUGCUCCGAGACACUAUGGGGAGCGACGUGGAGCAGCUCGUCCUCUUUGGGUUUCUGCUAGCUUUGGCUGCUGCACAACCAACGAAGGAUGACUGGGACAUUUACAGCUUUCACAUCAACUCCACUGUUAGCAGUCGAUAUGCCACCACUGUAAUCACCAGCCGUGUGGCCAACCGUUUGAACGAAUCAAAAGAAAUUGCCUUUCAUGUUGAGAUUCCCAAGAAUGCCUUCAUUAGUAAAUUCAGGAUGAUGAUGGAUGAGGAAGUGUUUGAUGGAGUUGUGAAAUCUAAGGAACGAGCUCAGCAGCAGUACAACCAGGCUGUGCGUCUUGGACAAAGUGCUGGGAUCGUCAGCUCUGUUGGGAGAACCAUGGAGGAAUUUAAAACCUCUGUAACUGUGGCGGCCCACAAAAAGGUCACCUUUGAACUCACCUAUGAGGAGCUGCUGAAGCGAACCCACGGCAAAUACGAGCUGCAGAUCCACGCUCGACCCAUGAAGCUUGUCAAAGACUUCAAGGUGGACGUGCAUAUUCAUGAGAAAGCAGGGAUCAGUUUCAUUGAUGUGAAAGGAGGACUGAGCACCCUGGCUAAUGCUAUCACCAAAACACAUGCAGACAAACAGGCGUCGGUGUUCUUCCAUCCAACUGUGGAACAACAGGAAACUUGUGAGAGGUGUGGAAAACAAGGUUUGAAUGGAGAUCUGGUCAUUGUUUAUGACGUCAACCAAGACAGCGGACUGGGAGACAUCAAGAUUUCAGACGGUUACUUUGUCCAUCACUUUGCUCCGUCUAACCUUCCCCGAAUACCAAAAAAUGUCGUCUUUGUUAUCGACAGAAGUAGCUCAAUGCAUGGCAGAAAAAUAGAACAGACCCGAACGGCUUUGAUCCACAUUUUAAAUGACCUGGCAGAAGGCGACUUCUUUGGUAUCAUCAGUUUUGAUGAUGCCAUAUUUCACUGGAAUAGAGAACUUGUUCCAGCCACUGCUUCAAAUGUGGAGAGGGCUAAGGAGUUUGCACGGAAUAUUUUUGAAAGAGGAGCUACAAACAUCAAUGAAGCAGUGUUGGAAGGAGCUCGCAUGCUGAAUGAACAAAGGAGGGAAGGCUCAGCUUCCAUCCUGAUAUUUCUCACAGAUGGAGACCCUACAGCAGGAGAAACUAACUUAGAAAAAAUACAGUCAAAUGUCAGAGAAGCUAUUGCAGAAAAGUUUCCUCUCUACUGCCUUGGUUUUGGCUCUGAUGUCAAUUUUGAGUUUUUGGAGAAAAUGUCGCUGCAGAACAAUGGUGUGGCAAGACGGAUUUAUGAAGACUCUGAUGCCGAUUUACAGCUCAAGGGUUUCUAUGAAGAAGUGGCCACUCCUUUGUUAACAGACGUGACAAUGAUCUAUGUGGGUGGGUCCAAUCUAACCCAGACAAAUUUCAGUCGGUAUUACAACGGUUCUGAGAUUGUUGUAGCCGGUGAGGUCACCGACAACAACAUUGAAACCUUCACUCCGCAAGUCGUGGCUUACUCAACCAACAGAAGAGUGACAUUUUCUAAGACAAGUAGUUCUACGGAUCGUCCCAGUGAAACAGUGAGUGAAAACCUUCUGCAGAGGGUUUGGGCCUACCUCACGGUGAAACAGCUUCUGGACAGACAGCUGCUGUUAUUGGGACCUGAGAAAGAGAAAGUGAAUAAAGAGGCGUUGGAGUUGUCCCUGAAGUACAGCUUUGUUACCCCGCUCACAUCCAUGGUGGUCACCAAGCCUCAGGGGGAGGAGUCCGUCCUCAGCAAACCCAAAGAGGGUGAGACACCACAGCUCGAAGGAGCUGCGGCAUCUGUUUCCAGAUUUUCUCAUGUUCCUGGUUCUGCUGGUUUUGGUGCUCCACCUCCUCUUGGUUUUGGUCCUCCAGUUUUUGCUGGUUUUCGUCCUCCACCUCCUCCUGGUUUUAGUUGUCGAGGUUCUGCUGGUUUUCGUCCUCCACCUCCUCCUGGUUUUGGUCGUCCAGGUUCUGCUGGUUUUCAUCCUCCACCUCCUCCUGGUUUUGGAGGACUAGCUCUUCCUGGAGAAGCAGGAAGAAUUGGAGAACCAGAUCUUCCUGGUUUUGGUCCUCCAGGUUCUGCUGGUUUUGGUCCUCCAGGUUCUGCUGGUUUUGGUCCUCCAGGUCCUCCUGGUUUUGGUCCUUCAGGUCCUUCAGGUCCUUCAGGUCCUUCAGGUCCUUCAGGUCCUUCUGGUCCUUCUGCCCAUGUCAGACACCGAUUCCUGAUCAAAAAUGAGAAUCACUCUGCCGCCCUUUGCUUUGAAUUGCGUGGAUCUCAUGUUCUUAAACUUUUUCAUCAUCCCAGCAAGAGGAUAUACAUAAAUGGCGAGCUUAAUCCAGUGACAAAUGGGGGCUUCAAAAAAAUGUUCAUCCAAAUUCAAAACCAUUAUUUGGACAUCGACCCCGAGGGAGUCAGGGUCCUGAAUGGAACGACUAUGACCCGGCUCACUGGACAGAAUCUCAUCCAAGAUGGAAGUUUUACAGUGACUGUUCGAGGUCAAGAAACAGAUGUUUUAGCAGAAGACUUGCACAUCGUUGUCUUAGUUCAUCAGAGGGACGGCAACAAAUUCCUUUGGCCUGUUUUAAAAAAGAGACCGUCUGCCAGCAACAUUGAUGGGAUUCUAGCUUCGAUACCAGCUAAUUUUACGGUAGUAUCACAACCACACCUACCAUUACUGAAGAUCCCAGGCAGAUUUGAUAGACAGGUGUUCAGUUCAUUAGCAACUGACUACAGUGUUCCCUCUCCUGUGACUGUGCAGUGCUGGUUCACAACGAUUCCUCCGGCUUUUUAUGUUAUAUAACCGUUCAAUGGAUGAAUUCAGUUCAGAUCAGCUUAUUUUGAUAAAUAAUGUCGAACAUUAUUUUAAAAAUAACCAAGAUGUGAAGCAAGAAGUACCAAAAACAUUACAGUCUUGUUUUUUUAUUGGUUAGACAGUGCAAUGAAGAAUAUUGAAUUUGUGUUAUUAUCGACCCCAUAAAUGACAAAAAGAAAUUUGAAAAUUUCUAAAACAUUACUAAAAUGUAAAGGCUGAUCGGGUCUGGUGGUGUGAGGUCUUGGGACAAUCGAACAGUAUGUUUUUUUCAAUAGUUUGAUAUCAUGUAAUUAUGUUUCAGCCUCUUAUUUUGAAGUAUGAAAGGAAGUAGUUCUUAAUUUGCUGUUUAAUGUUGAAAGACUUUUUACUAUUUGGCAAUCAGCACAUUUCAUUUAUUUAUUUGAAAUGAUUUGUAAAGAAAAACUAAAGUCAGAGAGAAAAGAUACAAGGAUUUGUUGGCACUGUGAGAUAAUGUGCCUGUUUAACCAAUAAAGAUGCUAAAAUUAGCUUCUGUUUCAAAGGUUCUUGAAUUUCUUAAAGGCUAUUUCUUUACAAGUCUUUAAUGCAUUUGAUAAUUGGUUCAACAUCUGUAAUUCUUACACAUGAAAAAUGAGACCUUGAUAAGCCAGAACAUAAAAACAUUUCACAGUUGAAGACACUUUUGCUCUGUGAUCUGUGUAUAUGUUGAUUUAUUUUUGGGGGGGCAUCACAAACACUUGAUAAUUUAAAGAGCAUGACAUCUGCCUUAUUAAAUUUGAAAAAU